UGGUUAUAUCAUGUAAGCAUAGUCACCGGAAGUCCUACCUAUUAUUUUAUCUAAAGAUGGCGGCGUUGGUGGUGCCUCGCCUCGCCGCGUUUGGUACCUUUUCAUCAAGAUCCAUUUCAGUAUUUGCGAUACAACAGAGGUCGUCGCUACACCACAUUGCUAAAAGUGGCAAUGCUACAUGUGUGGUUCCAGUCAGAGAGAAAAGCACAGCGGUGGCUGCUGCCAAGCCAACUGCAGUAGCAAGCAGCAAGGGAGAGUAUGUCAUCACUAAGCUGGAUGAUCUGGUGAACUGGGCACGCAGGAGCUCCCUAUGGCCCAUGACGUUUGGCCUGGCGUGCUGUGCGGUGGAGAUGAUGCACAUGGCUGCUCCUCGCUAUGACAUGGACCGAUUCGGAGUGGUGUUCAGAGCCAGCCCCAGACAGGCCGACGUCAUGAUUGUGGCAGGCACCCUGACCAACAAGAUGGCCCCCGCUUUGCGCAAGGUUUAUGACCAGAUGCCUGAGCCAAGAUAUGUAAUUUCCAUGGGAAGCUGCGCCAAUGGGGGUGGCUACUACCACUACUCUUACGCAGUGGUCAGAGGGUGUGACCGCAUCGUACCAGUGGACAUAUACGUUCCAGGCUGCCCACCCACAGCAGAGGCCCUUCUCUACGGCACGCUCCAGUUGCAGAAGAAAAUAAAGAGAGAGAAGAAAAUGAGGAUUUGGUAUCGCAAGUGAAAUUAUCCAUGUCUCUGGCUGUUUGUAAAUGUUGUAUUUAUGGGUGGUCUGGCCACCCAGUAAACCGGUAGGCAAUAUUCUCAGGAGUCACUCUGGGUAUGCUCUGGCUCCUCUUCUCUGUAUAAACAAUAAAAUUAAUUUCUUGUCA